UUUAUUUUGCAAGAAGAGGCCCCGCUCUGGAGACAUUCAAGAGAGAAGAUGGAGUUCAAAAUUCGGUUUUUAUUAAUGCCAGCCGUGGCUUCUUUUUUAUUUAUUUUCACAGUUGCAUUGCUUAUGCAAAAUGCCGAUGCCUCCCUCUCAGAAUCUUGGGAGAAUGUAAAGAAUUCUGAUGCUGUGCAGCAAGUUCAAAAGGAAUGGGCUCGAAGCAAGGUUAAAACGCAGAGCUUCGUUGACAAAGCUACAAGUGGCAAACUCUCUGAUGACAUCACUACGUACAUCGAUAAUACACUGGUGAAGACUUUCAACAUCAGAGUGAGUGAGCUCCAGAAGACGUUAAAGAAGGCUCAACAGACGUGGCUUAGCCCUGUACUGCUAGCUCUAUGGAUUAUCUUGGGCUUCCUAACCCUACAGCUGACGUCAGUCACUUCAUGCAUGGUCAUUAUGUCCAUGACGGUCAUCCUACAUGCAAUAUUCGGACCUGUGGUUGUCUUCACACAAGUUGUCAUCUUCAUAGGUCUGUGUAUGUACUUCACUUCUCAGAUCACAAACAACCUGAUCCUAACCAGCAUCACGGUUGUCACAUGUUAUGUCUUUUACUCCAUCUUUGGGUUUUGCCGACGAGGAAACACACAAAGCAUGCUCUAUGACCUUGAAGAUAAGGUCAGUGACCUCCAUGAAAAAACACUCUCCAUGGAAAGAAAUCUAGACAAAAUUGAUGAGAAGCUUGAUGAAAUCUUAGAAAGAAACCAGUAGAACUUGGUUUGGAACCUCUUUUUAAAGGCACUGGACACAUUUGUAAAUUGUCAAAGACUAGUAUUCUCACUUGGUUUAUCCCAACAUAUGCA